AUGAUAUCUGCAAACAGCAGAAAUCCUGUGAGAAUGGAAUCAGAUAUCCACCAGACUUUGGUGAUUCGGACUGUAAUGCAGCUAGCUGCUGCAGGAUAUAUCUGCUGCCUAAUGCCUUAUAUGAAACUACAUCAGCUCAGUCGUAUACCUUGUCUUUACAUUCUUAAGAUUGAAUCUAAAUUGGGCAUCCCAAUUAAUGGAGUCAUCCAAAAUAGCGUGAUUAAUGGUUAUUGCCUAAUGCACCGUGCUGAUUGUGGGCUUUCGCUGUUACCCAUUUACUUGAAGAAUGGCAUUUCAUUUGAUGUUGUCACCUUUACUACACUAAUAAGGGGAAUCUUUGCUGAAAAUAAGGUCAAAGAUGCUGUUGAAUUGUUCAAAAAGGUGGUGAGAGAGAAGAUUUGUGAACCCAACCAAGUCAUGCAUGCAACAGUAAUGAAUGGGCUCAGCAAAACGGGACAUACUCAGAAAACUUCAAGUUUGCUACGGUUAAUGGAACAAGGGAACACAAAGCCUGACAUAUGCAUCUACAAUAUUGUCGUUGAUGCCCUUUGCAGUGAUAGAAAUUUAGAUACUGCUAUCAAUCUUUUGAACGAGAUCAAGCAGAAAGGCAUUCCUCCUAACAUAGUCACCUAUAAUACACUGAUUGAUGGUUUGUGUAAGCUUGGUCAGUGGGAAAAGGUUAAGACUUUGUUCUCUGAGAUGGUCGUGAACCUUAAUAUUUAUCCAAAUGUGUGCACCUUCACCAUAGUGAUAGAUGGACUAUGUAAAGAAGGGAAAGUGGCAGAUGCCAAGGAAGUAGUGGGUCACAUGGUCAAAAAAGGUGUAGAGCCUGAUAUAAUCACCUACAAUGCGAUGAUGGAUUAUAUUAAAAAGAAAUUGGAUGAGGCAAUGCAAUUGUUUCGUGAAAUUUCUCAAAAGGGAUCAAUGUCUAAUAUUGUUACUACACUACUAUCUUGCAAGUAUGGACUUGUUGAAGAAGCUAUGUCACUCUUUAAAAAGUUGGAAAGAAAGAGAGAAGAUACUAGUAUUGCAUUUUACAAUGUUGUCAUUAAUGGGUUGUGCAAAAAUGGUAAACUCAAAGAAGCUUAUGCUGUUUUUGAGAAUCUUUAUUUCAUUGGAUUGCUUCCGGAUGUGAGAACAUACAAUGUAAUGAUAAAUGGAUUUUGUCUCGAAGGGUUGUUUGAUGAAGCUAAAGAGAUUCUAAGAAAAAUGGAAGACAAUGGUUGCUUUCCAGACAGUGUCACUUACAAUGUUAUUGUGCAAGGAUUUCUCAGGAGCAACAAAAUUAGUGAAAUCGCAACUUUCAUGAAAGAAAUGGCCGAAAGGGGCUUCUUAUUUGAUGCAACUACAACUGAGUUAUUGGUAAACAUUAUAAGGAAGAAUCCUUCCGUCCUUGAUAUGAUACCAGAGCUUCACUCAGAAAAAAAACAGUGA